CGCAAACUUUCUAAAUGUCAGUUAAAACAAGACCUCGAAACUUUCUAGUUUUUCUAGUUUUCUUCUAUGAAGUUUCGCCUGAAGCUAUUAAUUAGAUCCCAUAUCCGUAGCGCGUUCUAAUUCCUUCUCAACCCAUGAUGUGUAUUUAACAAAGCCAGUGUUAGGGAAAAUGGUGCCCCAACAGCAAAGGCGAAGGAGGAGAAGGGCCGCUUUGGUUCGGACUUCAGAGCGUCGUGUUGUGGUCGCGAGAGGCCCUGGAGGGUUCGGGUUUACUAUAGCGGGGCAGCGGCCUUGUGUAGUGUCUGCGGUGGCGGCUGGAGGGCCGGCGGAGCGGGCCGGUCUGCGCGCAGGGGACGCUUUGAUUGCUGUGGAUGGGGCGAAUGUAGCGCGAGCUCCUCACGCGUCUGUGGCUCGGCUGGUGGCAGCAGCGCCGGGGGCGAUCGCGCUGAGCGUGGCGCCGCGCGAGGCUCCGCCGACUGACACGGAGGACACGGAGCCGGAUGAGAGGGCGCGCACGCGGCGCCGGCACCCUCCGCCGCGGCGCCGUCCGCAGCCUGCAAUGCUGCACCACCCAGCUUGCCACGCUCCGAGCACAUCCGCGGACAUCCUGCAGCUGUCGCGCGCGCAGCUGACGCCGGCGCAGGCGGCGCGCCUGGAGUGCCGCGCCGUGGUGGGCUACCUCGGCACCAUCGACACGCCCAGCGCCGCCGCGCCCGCCCACGUGCGCUCCGCCGUGCGCAAGCUGCGCCAGGAGCGGCGCCCCGCCACGCCCGUCUUACUCUCCGUCUUACCUAACGCUUUGAACCUCCGGCGCCCGGGCGGACAAAUCCUCGCACAGUACCAGAGAGAAAGAAUCCUCUACGCCGGCUGCGGCUCCGACGCUGACCGAAGAUAUUUCGGACUUGUCACGGCCGCGGAAACUGAAGAACAAGAAGCGUCACAUAGCUGCCAUGUAUUCGCAGUAGACCCCAGAAUGUCUGAGCAUGAAGCGCAUUUACCUCGAGCGAGAGAGUUCCAACUGACGUGUACUAGAGACGCGGUCGCUGAGCGCUGUUUAGAAUUCCCGCCGUCAGCGGAGUACGUAGUUGGAGUUGUUAAAGGAAUGUAUUCCUUACCGGCUGAUGAUAACAGUCCGAAUCUCGCGCAAAUUUCUAAACUGGCCAUCAAAGGCGAUAGUCCCGCGUUCGGCAACUUUUCUAGAUGCAAUAGAGCGGUUUUCCGAGUGCCUAGAGAGAGGCGGCCGCCGUGUCGGCACGAUGAUAGACUAGAGAGGCUUGAAGCGCAAGACUUCGUUGCUAACUCGCCGCAGCCGAGUAACCAUAGCGAGGUUACGACUACGUCUUCUAACUCAGAUUCUGGUAUAGGCUUUCAUAAUGACUGUAGAAACAUUGCUGACCGGAUUUUGGUGGUUGAUUUUGCUGGACCACAACCGCCGUUGAAUAGGUUUAGACAAGAGAUGCCUAGGCGUCCUUUAGGACUAGUUGGUUGCAGUUUUGAAGAUGCUUCCUUCCUGUCUAACACGACUCCUGUGGUAGAUGGGUUUGCUGGUCAAGGCAGGCCUUUGAACUCGGAUGAUGGCCUUAACUCUGAUCUGCAAGCGAGACAUGUGAGCCCUAGAAGUGAGGAGGACAAUUACAACUACAACGCAUAUGGCGUCGCUUCUACUUCGAGUUCUAGAAGCUUCCAGAAUGGAGUGGUGUAUGAUCAGGUCUACACAGAACCCGAAACCCACCACUACGAGCUCCCAGACAUCCAGAUAGACCGCGUCGCCGAAGCGUUCAACUCCGUCGAAAUAUACGAAGAGAAGCCUCUCCCCUCCGAAACAAAUGAAGAGAGAUCUUUCAACUCCAUUGAGAUUUACGAAGAAAACCUAAUACUUUUAAUUCAGAUAUAUAUGAAAAGUCGGCAUCAGAUCAGGAGCAUGAACAGUAUGUCUAUGUCGGAGCGACCUAUGGGGAGACGACAGGCGUCGUUGGAUGACAUACUGGUGCUGGGGCGGCCGCCUAAGAACGAUGAUGAUAAUUUUGUGCACCCGGCGACUGUGAAAAGCAAGGUCCGCAAAUUAAAGCCUCUAAACCUACUAUCAAAAACGAAACACAUUCUCAUCGGGCGCGAGCGAGACAAGAAGCUAGACAGAGCGAGAGCGCGCGCCCUCAGCGCGAGCGCGGGCGACGUUGCCGCUCCGGGCGGCGAGCAGGAGCUGCCGGCCGCCGCCAGCGAGCCCGACCUGAGACAGAGCGAGCAGACGUCUCCGUUCCGGCGCUGGACGACGGGCAGCGGCGCCGGCAGCUCCUACAGACACCACCACGACCCGCGCGCCAUGUACAAUAAGCAAAUAAGCGAAGGUGCCGCGCCAGCGGUCCCUGGUGCGGGUGGCGUGGCGCGCUGGUCCUUAGGUCUUGAACAACUGCUGGCAGACCCAGCCGGUUCUGCCGCUUUCGCACACUUCCUGUCUAAAGAGUUUGCUGCUGAGAACAUCAGAUUCUGGUGGUCCUGUGAGCAAUACGCCGCCGCCCCUGAGUCCGGUCGAGCGGCGCUCGCCCAAGAAAUCUGGUCGCGACAUCUCGGUGACAAAGCCCCUGAACCUGUCAACGUGGACGCUGCUGCUCGAAGAGCCACUGAAUUAAGGAUGCACCAGACACCAGCCCCUCAGGACCUGUUUCAACAGGCCCAAAAGCAGAUCUUCAACGUGAUGAAGUUCGACUCAUACCCGCGCUUCCUGCGGUCCGGCGUGCACGCCGAGUGCGCGCGCGCCGACCUGCGCGGCCUGCCUGCGCCGUACGCGCCAAGAGCCACGCAGCCUGACCCCCCCACCCCUACCAAGUGUUUUGACGUUGAACAGCUGAAGAAGUCCGCCUCCAACGCCUCGGAGCGCCGGCGCAGCGGGGGCUCCAUCCUGCCCUGGCGGCUCCGCGCUGGCUCCAGGGACCGCGCGCCGGAGGCGCCUAUCACUGAUCUCGUAAAAUCCAACAUGUCGGGCCAAUGCUCGCUCUGUCGCGUCGUAUUGCCCGACGGCGCGUCGUCGGUCGUGGGAGUGGACGCGUCGUUGACCGUGCGACGAUUGGUCGAACGGCUGCUGCAGAGACUCAACCUGCCUUGUCCGAACUAUGACGUCAUCGUGAGAGACGAUCAGGGUGAAUGUUCCACCAUCGACCCAUCCCAACCGUCCACGGUCCUGAGCGGGCGCGAGGCCGUCGUCGAGCGUCGCUGCGUCGUCCGCGUCGAGGUCGCGGGGAAGGUCGUCGCCGUCCGUUGUCGGCCUCAACGACGAGCGGCGCACGUGUUGAAGCCCGUGCUGAGGAGAUACCUACCUAGGGCGUCCCGGUAUAGACUGUUGAGGGAUGCUGCGCCUUUACCUCUGGAUACACCUGUACAGGAACUAGACGGCGCGCGCCUCCUCAUACUAGAAAUACCAGGGGGAGAUGAGGUGACGGAGGUGGAGUGCGAACUGAGCGCCGACGAUGAGUUGGACUCGCUCAGCGAGAUGGCGCUGCGGCUGCACGACGACAACGCCGAUACACAGAGCGGCGCUGCAGGCAGCGGGGGCGGGGCGGGGGCGGAGCGCGCGUGCGCGCGGCGCUGCGCGCCGGGCCGCCGCUGCUGCAGCACCAUCCGCCCGAUUUCCUAAACAACCUGCAAGCGGCGCAACGCCUGCGACUCCACAGCGGGAGCGGCGCGAGCGCGAGCGCGGGCGCAGCGCCGGGCGCGCCGCGCGAGCCGCCGCCGCUGCCUCCUAAACCUUCCGCGCGCCCCGCCGCGCCCACACUCGUAUGAACCCUCAACGUUUUGGAGCCGAGCGCUCUGAGGAACGAUGGACAUGUCCAGUCCCAAAUUAAAGAUGGCGUUCUCUUCAAUCAGAAGUCAUAGCGUCAAACCCCUGUUGCGGAUCGCCUCAGUGCGAAACUGUUGAAGAUUUAUUGUACCUAGUUACAAUAAAGUGUAGUGAUUCUUCAAUAUAAGUUAUGAUGGCAAAUCGCAAAAUUGUGGGUCGCCUAGUCGGCAAGACUUGUUGAAUUAUUUCAACAAAAAUAUUGAAGUGCAAGUUACUUUAAUAAGAAAGAAAGGCUAUGUUUGCGGGUGUAAAGACUUGAGGAUUGUAAUAAAGAUCUUUAAGUGUUAUCUAUAGAGAGCAAACGCUUCAACUGAGAGUGAGUUUAAAGUUAAUCACAUGUCAAAAUUACGCUUAAUUUGAUUUUCAUAAUUAUGCCUAGCAAUAAUUCGAGAGUAAACAUGGAACAUUUAAACUAUGUCCUUUAAUUAUUGCACUUGUAGUAACAUUCACAAUUCUGACACUUGUAUUUUUAGACACAAAAAACACUGAUUACUAUUAUGUUGUAUUAGUUACAAAUAUGUAACAUUGACCUGUCCAUAUUUCAAUACCAAUACACAGUCGUAUAAAUGAUGAAUGUUAUCAUAUAAAUAAUAUAUUGUACAAUUAAAAUAUUCCUAAUAUGCACAAGCGUACAAAUGCAUGCCAUGAAACUGAAAUCAUUCCAUUUUUGAAUGAUUUAAUCAUAUGUAUGUAUAAAUAUCUCGUUUACCUUCGUCCACAAGAGGGAUCAUAUUGUACAAAAAAGUAUUAUAGUUGUAAAUAUAUAGUUACUUAAUAGAUACUAAUAUUUGGUGCCUUCCAUAGACAUAAGACUGCACUAACAUUACUUUUAUUGAAUUGUGGAGCGGACCCUAAUAUUAUAGAGCGUAAUUGUAAGAUCUGGUAAUAAAUAGUGUAGUCUGUAUCUUUAGGUAUUUAAAAAAAUGUAAAGCAAAUCUAACCUCAAAAGGCUCCUUAAAGCAGUUGAGGGUAAAAAAGAUUACACGACCAAAUAAGGAAGUUAAAAAUAGAUCGCUCAGUGACGGAUCUGCUUGGUUUUUUUUUAAUUGGUUGGUUAAGUAACUAAUGUUGUAACUACCCGCAAAUGUACAAAAUUGUUUUUUUUUACUUUUUUUAAAUACCUAAAAGUACAGAGUAUAGUUUUGUAUACAUUCAUAUCAGUACCUGUCCCAAAAUAGUUUUUAAUAAAUCUAAAGAACUUGGGUCAUCAUUUUGCAUAAUUCUUGCGAACAGUGGUUAAAAGGUUGUAUUUGACUUAGAUUCAUGACAUACACAAAAUUUUAAACAGCACCCCCAUGUGUAGCUAUAGCAUUUGAAUCGUCGAAUUUUGUGUUAAAUUAGUCAAUAGUAAUUUAUUAUUAAAAAUAUUGUAAAGCAAACGAUUUAUGCUCGGAGAGUAUAUGCAAUAAAAUAGUGUUAUUAAAA